CUUUCCCGACGGUAUCUUCCAGCACUCUUAUCCGUUUCUCAAAGCUCAACAUGUCAGCUUGUCUACGCUUCACGAGGCGGGUCUGGAAGUCGUUCAUUGACAACAAAGGUCACGAUGGACUGUGCUUCCCCAAUCUCGAGAUUCGUCGGGCACUCCCCGGAACGGUCGAGACGUCUUUGAAAAUCGAGCCGUAUAAUCUGAACAGGGUUGGAACCGUGCACGGCGGUCUUAUCAUGUCCUUGACGGAUACCCUGGGAUCUCUCGCUGUCGCGUCAAGGGGCCAUUACAUGACUGGUGUUUCAACAGACAUAGGAGCUUCGUUUAUCAAACCUGCCGGGAGAGGCGGGGACGUUUUGCAUGCGAGGGCCAUAGUCACUGCAAUGGGCAAGUCCCUUGCAUACACCCGUGUCGACUUUACGAAUCCUACAGGGGACCUUGUCGCCUACGGACAUCACACGAAAUACGUCGGCAGGUCGUCUUCGGAUCCUAACAAUGUCAAGUUCUCUGAGGACGGAGAAACUAUAAUAGAAGGCAAAGAUGUAGACUGAACUGUCUAUUUGUCGAGUUUGAAAUAGAGACCAAUUCAUCAC